AGAUGGAAAAACUCAAGUAUUUUACAGAUCUGCCCAAGCCAAAACCUCUCAAGAACAAUGAGGGAUUUAUUGCCAGGUUUAACUUCAAGGGUGACAUUCUCCCCUAUGAUGCAGACAUAUCCCAUCUAGAAGGAUUACACAAGCAUGGAAAGGAACCAGGUCGUGCCGGCUACUCUAUGGAUGAACUCUUCAUUCUCAUCCGGUCCAAGGUGCUAGCCCAGCGUCAAUUAGGUCUACGUACUUUGGGUAACAUCCUUAGGAAUGCUAAGGAAGGCUUCUACGACACCUGCGUCAACCCUCCUAUAAUGCAACUAGUGGUAUAUCUCUUUUACAUUGUUUUACUGGUGUUAAUUGUUUAUUACCUAGGUAAUAGGUUGGUAGACAGCAACCACCCAGGGAGGUACUACCGUCCUGCCAAGUGAGUGUAAAACGAAAGC